ACCAACCCUGGUCCUCUCGGCUCGGUUCAGCUCGGCUCGGUUCGGCUCGGUUCGGUUUAGCACGGCUCGGCUCGGAACCGUCCACAGCAACAUGCAGGAUGGCGAGCAUGGAGACCGCCGCCGAACAUGAACGCAUCCUGCGGGAGAUAGAGAGCACCGACUCCAACUGCAUCGGACCGACCCUCCGGUCGGUGUACGAUGGACAGGAGCAUGGCCUCUUCGUGGAGAAGCUGGACCUGCGGAUCCGGAACCACGACAGGGAGAUCGAGAAGAUGUGCAACCAUCACUUCCAGGGGUUCGUGGACUCCAUCACAGAGCUGCUCAAAGUACGAGGGGAGGCGCAGAAGCUGAAGAGUCAGGUGACUGAGACCAACAAGCAUCUUCAGGAUGACGGCAAAGAGCUCAUCACCUCCAUGGAGGAACUGCAGCAGUGUAGAAUCCAGCAGAGAAACAUCGCCACCACCAUCGACAAACUGUCCCACUGCCUCCCAGUCCUGGAGAUGUACAGCAGACUUCAGGAGCAGAUGAGACUUAAAAGGUACUACCCGGCGCUGCGGACACUGGAGCAGCUGGAGCACACGUGUCUUCCCCGGGCGGGUCAGUACCGGUUCUGCUCCAUCAUGGCAGAGAACAUCCCCAAGCUGAGGACGCAGAUCCGGGACACUGCCAUGACGCAGCUGAGGGACUUCCUGGAGAGCAUCCGGAAACACUCGGACAAGAUCGGAGAGACGGCCAUCAGACAGGCCCAGCUCCAGUGCUCGCUGGACAGCUCCAUCUCCACCCAGCCGAGGGCCCUGAUUGGCCGACGUGGGAGGAAGGAGGCGGCGGCGUUGACCGACAGCGGUGGACCAGGUGGCAGUCCGGCGUCAGAACAGGACUCGGGUAUUCUGGAUGUGGAGGAGGAAGGGGAGGAGGAUGAAGUCCCAGGAGCUCAGGACUUGGUGGAUUUCUCUCCAGUCUAUAGCUGUCUGCAUAUCUACACUGUGCUGGGUUUGCGUGAUGUGUUUGAGAACUACUACAGAAAGCAGCGGAGGAAACAGGCUCGCCUCGUGCUGCAGCCGCACUCUAACAUGCAUGAAACCUUGGAGGGAUACAGGCGGUACUUCAACCAGAUUGUCGGGUUCUUUGUGGUGGAGGAUCACGUUCUUCACACCACGCACGGUCUGGUGAACAGAGCCUACGUGGAGGAGCUGUGGGAGCUGGCGCUGUCCAAAAUAGUGGCUGCCCUCCGGACGCACUCGUCGUACUGUGACGACCCCGACCUGGUGCUGGACCUGAAGAACCUUAUUGUCCUCUUUGCUGAUACACUGCAGGGUUACGGUUUCCCGGUGUCGCAGCUGUUCGACAUGCUGCUGGAGAUACGGGAGCAGUACGGAGAAAUCCUGCUCAAGAGGUGGAACAUCGCCUUCAGGCAGGUGCUGGAUCAAGAUAACUUCAGUCCGAUCCCAGUGUCGACAGAGGAAGAGUUCAGACAUUACACUUCCCUGUUUCCCCUGCAAGACCCGGAACUGGAACAGCUUCCCUUCCCCAAGAAGCUCCCCUUCUCCGAGUUUGUGCCAAAAGUCUACUGUCAACUCAAAGAGUUCAUCUAUGCCUGUUUGAAAUACUCUGAGGAUCUUCACCUCAGUUCCACGGAGGUAGACGAUAUGAUCCGCAAGUCGACAAAUCUGCUUCUGACCAGAACCCUCAGCCACUGUCUGCACUACGCCAUUAAGAAGAAGAAUGUCGGGCUGGCAGAGUUGGUGCAGGUGAUCAUUAACACCACCCACCUGGAGCAGUGCUGCCAAUUCCUGGAGGAGUUUAUAUCAAACAUCACCAACGUUCCUCCCGACAUGGCCAACGCCACCAAGCUGUACGGGACCUCCACCUUCAAGGACGCCCGUCACGCGGCGGAGGCGGAGAUCUACACCAACCUCAACGCCAAGAUCGACCAGUUCCUGCAGCUGGCUGACUACGAUUGGCUGACGGCGGUGCAGGGGGGCGGGACUGUGGCCGCCAGCGACUACCUGGUCGACCUGAUCGCCUUUCUGAAGAGCACGUUCAGCGUCUUCACCAACCUGCCUGGGAAAGUGGCUCAGACGGCGUGCAUGUCGGCCUGUAAACACAUCUCCACCUCGCUGAUGCAGCUGCUGCUCGACCCCGAGAUCCGACAGAUCUCCAUGGGCGCUCUGCACCAGCUCAACGCCGACGUCAAGGAGUGCGAGAGUUUUGCCAGAGCCGGCCCGGUCGCAGGCUUCCAGGGUGACACGUUGCUUCUGGCCUUCAGUGACUUGAGACAACUGCUGGAGCUGUUCACCGAGUGGGACUGGUCCACGUAUCUCGCUGACUACGGAAAAUCCACCUGCAAAUACCUGAGAGUGAAUCCACACACGGCUCUGGUCCUGCUGGAGAAGAUGAGGGAGACGAGCAGGAAGAACAACAUGUUCGCUCAGUUCAGGAAGACGGACAGAGACCGACAGAAGCUCAUCGACACCGUCAUCAAGCAGCUACGCAACCUCAUCGCUCAGCACCACGCCUGAUUGGACAGCAGGCUCCAACGCCAGCGCCUGAUUGGCUGAUUGAAUCCUUCACUUCCUGGGACUCCACUGGACUUCACACUGCACAAUCAUUUCUUCUGGAAUCAGAAUUUUUCCAUUUAACUGAUUUAAAUUCAGAACUAACUCUCCUGGAUCCUGGUGAUUUGUUUUCCGAGCGUCAACAAAUCCACAAAAAGACCAAAACCAGCGAUGACACGUUGACUUGUCUCCGUCCUGCAGCGUGAAAUACUCAUCACAACAUUUCACUUGUAUCCAUCCACAACUGGAAAUAGUCCCAAACAAAUGCACAAUUUUUCCCUGUCCUGUGUAAAGUUUUGUAAAGUGAUAAGAUGCUUUACGUUUCUGACCUCCGGCCUCAGGGGGGCGACGGAGGACGUGUGUGAGUCAGUUGCGGUUACCCACUCGUAGCCUAUAUCCCCCCCCCCAUCACCUAAAGGUUGUUGUUGUAACUUCUGAGACAAAAAAAUCAUUUGGUUUCGGUCUCUUCAUUGGACGUGUUGACAGUAUUUAAACACACGGCCUUAUUCGUAGAUUUAAAACGAUUAGCCGGUGGAUUUCUUCAUGUGGGGAACAAGCAGUUCAUUAAGAAUCGUAUUUACAUUAAAUUCUAGAUAAAUCUACUUAAGCCUCUUAAUUUAAAGUAUUAAUUACUAAAUCUUUCAGUUUGCCGGACGCCAUCGAGCCUCGUUACUGAAAAGUUUGUGAGUCCGAUAAUCGCGGUUUAUCAUGUUAGUGAUUAUGCAGCUGUGAGAGAAAAUCUUUUUGGAGAUUUUAUUUCCGAUUCAGAAGCGUCAAACUACAACGUUGACAUUUACCUUCCACGUCUUCCACGAUGUAUUUUGAAUGUACACCAGGGGGCGUCGCCUCCAUCGUCCUUUUCGGUAGCUGCGUGUUAAAGCACUGAACUCGAGAUCACGUCCGGAAGAGAAAAAACAGUUUCUCGUUGAUCUGCGAAAAACUUGAAUGGCCGCGUCGUUCCCACGUCGUCUGAGCCGUGGUGGGAAUCGAACGCCGAAGUCGAGGGGUUGUCGUUCCGCCCCUUUCCAGUGGGGGGGCGUGGCCUGAGCAUUUAUUCUCAUCUUGUAUCGACAGCUUGAUUGGGCAACCGCUCUAAAGUGAAAACUGUUUUGUUUGUCUUUGACUAGAAAGAGACUAAUUUGUGUAAACACACACACACACAGUCAUGUCUUCCAUACGCAGAGUUGUGUGUGUGUCGUAUGUCUACACAAACCUUUGUUUAGUGAUUAUAUUCACACUAUUUUUGGAGCUAGUGGAUCUUCGUUUUGUCUUUUUUUCUUGAACUCGGUGCAAUAGCAGCAAUGGAAACUGCAGGAUUUUGUGUGUUAAUUGUUGGGUUUUAAAAAGGGAAUCGAACUUCAAACUCUUUCUGCCUGGAUCUUCCUGUUCUACUGCAGAUCAACUGUACGCUGAUGUGUGCGACUUUUUCAUCUACGCUCAGCUGUGCGUCAUUUUUUGGUGUCUGGGUUCGGUCACACAAAUGUUUUCGCGGUGAACCGUCGCCUCUCGUCCAAUCAGGAAGCAGGAAAGAUUUGCUUCCUGCUUUUUGAUUUUGGUGAAUUUUGACUCGAGAUAUUCGUGUUGCGUUCACGUGUCACCGUGCUGUUGCUAAGGGAACGUGGGGGGGGGGGGGGUCGCUGUUCAAUGUGCCUUUCCUGUGUUCUGAUCUAUUCUCCUGACGUAGUUACUGAACAUCCACACAACAUGGACAACAACAAGGGAUCUCUGGAGCUUUCAUGUUUAGGUUGCAGAAUGUUCGACAAAUAUAACUCUUUACAUUUAUCAGUAAUACUCCAGUCCUUUGCUUGAGGGCGCCAAGGCAGUAACACAAAGGCAACAACUUUGGCGUUGAAACUGACGCUAUGUUCUGUAUUUUGUAAAUCUUUAUUGGGACGGAAGCACUGUAAACGAAGCUGUUGCAUUAAACCACUAACACAUGGAACUAAAGUAAAGUACUAACGCAUUUGCAAAAAAAAUGGCAACGGAAAAAUAUGGAAUAAAUGUUGAACUGUUGAAUAA